GCUCUACGUCUUCUAUAUUGUUCAUCAUGAAGUUCAAUCCUCGCUUGAUGUCGUUAUUGGACCGCUGUGCAAACUGCAGAAAGUCACCGCUGCCAGUCACGACCGACGGAAUCGAGAAGUCAGAUGAGAAAGUUACGUUUGAAGAGAAGCCUCCACUCCAGAUUGAAACCAACCUGACCAUCCCCAUGGAACCCACUAAGCAAGCGAUCAUCGAUCCGAUGAGGGUGCGCACGGCGUCCAUAUCAUCGUCAGGAUCCGGAACCGGCGCCAACCGCCGGAUGUCGGCCAUGUCUGCUCAGUCGAUGAACAGCGCCGACGGUGGACCGAGGAGCCUGUUCAGGCAUCACAAACACGGCGAAUUGUCGAGCAAUUUCAGAACGAAACAAGAUCACGUGCUGCUGCCGGCGAUGGAGAUGGAGGGAGACGACGGCGGGGAGGUGCCGCCAACCGACGCGGCGGAGGGAGCCGAAGGUGUGCCGAACGGCGCGGCGCCGACCGAUGUGACGAGUCCAACGAAAUCGCAGGACAUCGCGCUGCAGAGUCCAGUCGACAGUCUGAAGCGCGACCUAGCGGCCGAGCCGAUCCCGGAGGAGAGCGCAGAGGAGGAGAACCAGGACGCAGCAGGAGCGGCGGAGGAUGAGGAGGAAGAAUCUCCGAAGAUGCACCCGUGUCCCUGCCUGCCGCCCGUGUCGGCGGCGUAUCCCUCACGAAAGAAGACGGGCUUCACAGCCUGGGUGCGAUACAUCCUGCGCUGGAUACUCUUCAUAUUCUCGUUCCCGUUCGUCUGCGCGUACACUUGGACGAUCCCGGACUGCUCGAAGGAACACAAUAGGAAGUGGUUUUGGCUGAGCUUUCUCAUGUCAGUGUUGUGGAUAGCUGUGAUUAGUUUCGCCCUGGUGACGGUUGUCGGUCGGUCUGGUUGCCUGCUAAAAAUCGACACGUACACUAUGGGUCUGGUCGUCAUUUCUGUUGGAACCAGCGUUCCCGACUGCAUCAGCUCUAUAUUGGUCGCUAGGGAUGGAUUCGGUGACAUGGCCGUGUCAAAUGCGAUCGGAUCUAAUGUGUUUGAUAUCAACCUCGGUUUGGGUCUUCCCUUCCUCAUUCGCAUGGCCAUCGACAAGGGGAAGGCGAUCCGGCUUCUGUCCGAUGAAGAGAUGGAGAAGUUGGCGACGGGCCAGAUGCUCAUCCCGCCGCACGUCAAGUUCGGCUUUAUUCUGCUGCUGAUUCUCUUCAUCGUGCAGGCGGUCUUUAUGCUGAUGAAGUACAGGCUGACGAAGUUUACCAGUCUCUCUUUCGUCGGCCUGUACCUCGUCUUCACGUCGUACGCACUAAUACAGGAGCUGCACUGCAAGGGCUCGUGCUGAGACCAGCCCCUUCACUAACCCGCCUCCCUGUCGCAUGGUAUGCAUCCCCCUUGUGGCAAACAUCCCCCUCUACACUGCGCAUGAGCAAUAAAUGUUAGAUUUCCGUGUCCAUGCGCAAUGCGUUUUGUCAGACAUGCGUAUGCGUACUGUAGAGAAGGGGGGUCUUUGCCAUAGAGUGGUGUGUACUGUGCUACACCCUCCUUCCCGCACCUUCUCGUGGCUGGAGACCAGGCGCCCACUCCAGACCCCGAAUGCAGUUCUGAAGGGAUGUUUACUUGUUGGAUGUAAACAUUGUAAACGUGUUGCCAAAGCAAUCUGGGAGGGAAAGCGUGUGAAUGGACUGGAUGGAGGGCCGGGUGGACGGACAGACUCUUCGGCGGGUGUACCUGUAAAUAAUGUGUUGUCGGCUUUCCCUUUUUACCUGUGGCCACUUACUAUACACCGAUGGGUGGGCGUGAUUGUAUCGAGUUAGCAGUUUGAGAGACUCGAUACACAGGUAGCUGCGUAGCAGUGUUACAACGUCACCUUUAUUAAACUGUAACCACCAAACACUGCCGGAAAGGUUGUACAGUGCAUGCAGCGCAAUGUGUAGAUCAUGUAGGCGUUUAGGAAAAAUAGAUCCAGGAAUGUUGAAUCGAAUUCCUUCGAAAGCAAUUAGUAAAAAAAAGACGAACUCGAAUUGAUUGGAAUCACAUGGUCAACUAUAGGUGAACCGUGGUAAAUGGUAUCUACUCAUGAUAUUGUUUGCAGUUUUGUGAGGUGUCGUUUCACAUACGUUUUCUGCCUUUAUAGCCGCGAAUACAGACUGGCUUAUUGUGCACAUCACCAGAUGCAGCGAUACAGCGACUGCUAUUCACACUAAAUAUUUUACGAGAAACUUUCAAUGGCUCUGUUGCUUCGAGAUGUUAUGGAUGACCUGAUGAGAGUGAAUAAUUAUGAGUCAGAAUGAGACACGUAGUUCGAACGCCUAAUAUGCAUAUUGCGCACAUAUCCCUCUGGUGAUAGAUCCAGUUUUAUACAUAUAUUCAUGAUGUUACAUUGUGGAGCGACUUUGCUGAUUUGCAAUAUAAAAUGAUCGCACAUAACAAUUGUGAUGACAGGUUGCAGUGAGCGACAAGAAGCGCGGUUUCUUUGCUGUAACUUGCAAGUUCUCUUGUUUAUGCAAGAAGAGGUUGGCAGAAAGCGAGAGAAUAAGAGCGAACGCGAGAAAGCGAUAGAGAGAAAGAAAGGAAGAGAAUGAGAGAGAGAGAGAGAGAGAGAGAGAGAGAGAGAGAGAGAGAGAGAGAGAGAGAGAGAGAGAGAGAGAGAGAGAGAGAGAGAGAUAUGGUGAUACCGAAUCAACUUGGAAGUUAGAGGGAACAGUGCGUCACUAGAGGGAAGAUUGUUACUACCUUCUCUACCAGCCAUCUCCUACGCGUUUCACGGCGCUCUAUCACCAUUUCACGCCCACGCUCUCACUUCCGUCACCUCAGUAAUAUAAUGCAUAGCACGCAAUAACGACCUUCUCUCUAGCCUGGGCAUUCUCCUAUCGCCUGCCAAUAAAUAUAUUACCCCUUCUCCAAUUUUCCUCCGGUCUCCUCCAGCUUCACCUUGUCUCUCAACCCCCCUCUCUCUCUCUCUUACUUUCUACAAACUCUGCCUCUAGCAAAAUUACCCUCCUUGCUACCUAACCGUGAAGCAUUUACUCAUACAGGCAGGCAAAAUUGCAGAACUCGACGCCGUGUGAAAUGUUACCCCAAAUGUAUGAUCUAGAAUGGCUCACGUCUAUAACAAGGCGGGGGCACACUUUGUGAAAUUGUAUAUGCCGCUAAAAUGUAAAACAGCACAAUAAUAUAGUAGGUUGGAAAGGUGCGAAGAAACGGUCGUGUAAAUAUACAGUUAAAUACGCUUUAUACUGGUAGUGUUUACUCAACGAGAUGCUUAUUUUUUGGUUGGUCUUUUUCUACACACCUUGCGGGAAUGUAAGUAGACUCGUGUACACGCGUAGCGAGCGUGUGCCCUGCUCCGCGAAGGGGCAGUAUUGUAAAUAGAAAAUUUCAUACCGGUUCUAUACACGCGAUUUUACAUUCAUUCACUCGUAACAAGCUUGUAGAAGGUGCUAAUCGUGCGCGGGUGCGAGACGAAUAGAGGAAUAAAAUCACUAGUUUUCAUACACAACUAUUUUCGCGUAGGAAUUAUGAUAAACGUAGGACUAGUUCUAGUCAAUUCACACCUGGUCUAUAUCAUUCGCGUGCGCUGGCGUCGCUCACCAGCGAUGGGAAGAGUGUGAUGUGUUUGUGACCAGCCAGCUAUACGUAUCCCAUUGAUCCGGUGGUGAUAUGACGAUGAGAAGGGCCCGGGCCGUCGUCAGAAACAUCACUGAAUAGUUAUGACAUCGUAAGUUUAAAAUGGCAUAGCGUGAAAAUGAAAUGUCAUAAACGCUAAAGUGAAGUGUCGUGCAAAAGUCAUAGACUUAUGAUAGGCAUAUAACUAUUCAUGAUCCGUCAGAUAUGUGGGACCGUAGCCUGCGCGGCUACAGCAGUCAAGAACGCACUGAUUUGACGGACGAGCCACCGCGAUAGCGAACUGUCAUGGCUGCCCGUACACCGAAUGUAUCGCGAUUCUCAAAAUUGGAGCAAAUUAUUGUUAUUGUUAUUAUUAUUAUUAUUGUCAUUAUUAUUAUUCUAACCAUUAUGUUAAUCAAGUGAGCAACACGAGACAGUUAACGUCAAGGCUCUAACAAAUUAGGUUGGGUAGGGUUGUAACUAUUUGUAUAACUAUUACGAAUAGGGUUCGAGUACAUUAUGUGCGAUAUGUGUAUCCUAGAUUUACCCUUGAAAAUCACUUGUCUCUCCGUCUAGCAUAGCGUGCGCAAGGGUAAGGGCAGCAAACGGUAGACUUGUUCAUCGUUUUCGCCUCGUGCCAACAAGUACGAGCAAUACGUUUUCAUGGCGUGAAUUGAAUGCGUUCGGGCCAGUCUAAGCGUGAGGCCGCAUCUAUAGGAUAUUCUCACAGAGAAUCGCUAUAUAUCUCUUAGGUAUUAGGCAUGUUAGGAACACGAUGCCGCUACCGUGAAACACGUGUUAUUGCAGAAUAGGGGAAUAACGUUAUAUUAUGACACGUAUAGUAAUUGUUUAGUAUCAAAGACUGGAACAAAUGCGCCGUUUCUGAGAUGUUAACAUGUAUGGUAGAUGAACGUGGCCAAACAGAUAUGAAAUGAUCUUGUGAUCGUUGUGUCUUUAAUUUGUGCCAGCUUAUUGGCAGCGCAAUGUAGCAGAUAAAUCGAUGUCCUAGACAUUACUGUUGUUAUUUGUAAAUUUUAAUUUUUAAUGUUAAUUAGUUGUUAUUAAUAUAUUAUAUGAUGACGUGUCAUCUGUAACGAGCAGCUUUAGCUGGUGUAGAUUUAAUACUGUUCAGGUAGUAGUUAAUAUUAUUAUCGUUAUUAUUGUUUAAUAUAACGUUAACGACUGCCACUGGCUCUUGGAAGCCACGAAGAGAAUUUACUGGCAAGUGUCCACCGCCACGCAAGCUCAUUUCUCGCACGGUGUAGCGGGCUAACAUAAGAGGUUUCUAUGUCGCAGUUGUAACUGCCGCCGUGAUAGCGACGGUAGCAUGAGAGCUGUUUGUUAAAUUGUUAUGUAUGAAAAGGCUCUAGGAAAUACGACCAGUGUUGUCUUUCCUCUUCAAGGGUGGGAUGGGGAAUUGGUCUGUCUAUAUAGUUUAUUAGGAUACCUAUAUUAACAUUAGUAAUUAUUUCGAAUUCCAGUUUUUAAUCGAAUGAAAUGAAUCCGAACCAAGAUUGUUCGUGUUAAGCGCUGUCCCCGCUGGGCACAAGAAGCUCAUCUGGUUAUAUUAGUGGUACGUAUAGAGACGGCAGCUCAGAUGUUGGCCUGCUCACACGGCGUCAGCUAGUCAAUUGCUGUAAAUACCACUGUUGACUAUUUGUAAACAUACGCAUACACACACACAAGAACUGAAAGGCUCACGUAUAGGAUUUUGUUUAAAAUGCACAAAUCAUGAUAAUGUAAACAUGAAACUGUAUGAAAUGUUUUAGUGAAAAUAAAAAAGUACAAGUAUUCUAGCAAA